GACAUGGUAUACGUAUCCCACUUCAUCAUGUUAUUUGAGUGUCUAUAUCCUUUGAAUUGUGGUGGAGCUGUGGUCGUAUUGGUGAUAUGGAGAAGAAAUGGGUUUGGCUUCCAAGCGAGGUUCAAGACUUGAAGAAUCUAGUCCGUGACUUAGCUGAAAAGAAAAGUACUGGUAAUAUGGCUUCUGAAUCCGAGGUUAGUAAUGUUAGCAAAGGAGUUAGGUGUCAGAUCUUGGACUGGUUUGCGCCGACAGAUAUCGUUGUUGGUGAAGGAGAGUUUUGCUGUGCUGAACCUCAGUAUAAGAUUGGCCGUAUCCCACUAGGUCCUAAUGCUGCAGCUAUAAUCAUCAAGUCUGUAGUAGACCCAGAAGCAUGUGUGUGGAGGCCUACGUCAGAUGUAUUCUCCCUAUCACAAGCUGUAGGAGUCAAAGUAGCAUGGCCAGCUGAUAAAUUGAUAUUGGAUGACGGAUUUGACAACCAAGAUGAAUCUCAUAAUACUGAUGGAUCAAAGGAUCCUAGAACAGAUGACCAACAUGAUAGUUACAAAAUUUUGGAUUGGAAUCGGGAUGAAGUUAUUGCUGAGGGUGUUGUGUGGUCGACUGAUCAAAAAGAGCUGGUCAACAAUAUUCCUAUUGGUCCAAAUGCUGUUGUUAUGCAAGUUUAUCAGGUGAUUAACCCUACUGCUUAUCUGUGGAGACCAAGUUCUGAAAUGUAUGUGAUGGGUGAUGCACUUAAUGAGAAGAUCGCAUGGCCAAUCGAUAGGAUAGAGUUAUUGAAUAUAAAUGCACAAGAAGAAAUACGAAGAAAGUCUUCACAUAGUACUGCAAGUAACAACACCGGUACUAGCAAAGAUGCUAAGAAGAAGUGCAUUUUGUUAGAGUGCAAUAACUCUGGACGCAAAGUUGCAGAAGGCAGAGUAUGUUCAACUAAUCCAACAGAUGUUGUCCAUCAUGUCCCAAUUGGUCCUAAUGCCAGCAAAUCUGAAGAGGACUUGGAACUAAAGCAGAACCUUGAGCUCUAUGUCGAGAGGGUUCAUGAUCCCAAUCCCGAGUUGCAAAAGGCUGCUCUUGAAAGCAUGAGAUUAUCAAGAGAUUGGGAUGGAAUCGCCCGAGUCGUUUUCCACCAUGUUUAUGAAGCCUAUCCACCAGCCGAUGUGCAAGAUAUUGCACCUACACAAGUGACUCUUCUUCUGAUUGAGCUAUCUAGUGCCAGAGGAGGAAGAUGAAGAUAGGAGACAAGGGCAGAUGAAGAGGCAUUCUAUGUAGAGGAGAUGUAUUGGUCUUGUAUUUUUAAUUGAUGUAGUAUUUUUAUAAAAGUUUUUGUAUAUUAUUUCAUGUAAUAAUGAUAAUAAAAUAUUGUAUUUUUU